GAGUUAGAAGAUUUAAUACGCAAAAACAGAAUGGGAGAAAACAAAAUUUUGCAGAAUUAGGAGAGGAGUAAAAGGAAGUUAAAGGAAGUAUUUUUGCGUUUGAUCUGAUUUCACAUUCCUUGUCAAUCCGUGUAUCUGAAUCAUCAAUCUUGCUGAUCACUCUCAAAUAGAAUGGCAUCAAACAGGGGUCAAGGUGGAAUUCAACAAUUGUUGGCUGCUGAACAAGAAGCACAAAGGAUUGUAAAUGCCGCUAAAAAUGAAAAAUUGACAAGGUUGAAACAAGCCAAAGAAGAGGCAGACAAGGAGGUUGCAGAAUACAGAGCUCAACUGGAACGUGAGUUUCAACAAAAAGUAUCAGAUAGCACUGGAGAUUCUGGUGCUAAUGUGAAGAGGCUUGAACAUGAAACUGAAGGGAAAAUCCAUCACCUGAAAACAGAAGCCGCAAGAAUUUCUGAUGAUGUUGUAGCCAUGCUUCUCAAGUACGUAACAACCGUGCAAAAUUAGAAUCCUUGUGAUUAUGUAUUGUUGCUGCGGUGUCUUAAAUUAUGUUGAUUAUUAUCUUGAGUUUGUUGUUUGUUCUAGAUACUCUGGAGUCAGUUCCUUACAAUAUUCUUGUUUUGUUUGCAAUACUUGGUAUGGUUUGGUAUCCUUUUGCGUUGUACUCAAAAGAUGAUUUCAAGUUGGUUAAAAUAAAAAGUUCAGAAUGUAUGAACUUGCCAACUUUUGUUGUUGAUUAUAACAUUGUGUAAAAGGAAGUUAUGUUAGUGUAUAUCAAGUAAAAGUGUAAAACUAA